GGAGCUCGUUGGUGUAAUUGACGUCUCGUUAGUCGGAGGAGGCACUUCACGGUGCAGGACCUUUUUGUGUUACACGCCAACUUAAUGGUUUUGUGAAUCAUCUAUGAUAUUUAUGUGUACUAAUAGAUCGAAAAUACAACAAUUUGUUACGCAUUAUCGUACAUGGAAACCUGCAGUUUGGUCAGUGGGAAUUACGCCGCUGAGAUCUAAAGAAGCAGGGUGCCGCAGGUGAAUUUAUUGGUAGGCUACAGACGACGUAAAGUUAACGAAGUCUUACCAAACGUUACCUGUGUGAAUUUAACCUUUUCGGAUUUAAAACUGGAAUAUGAUCUGGUUUCAAACACCCAAAGAGACAUAAUGAUGCUGCCCACUCAACGAAACACCACCACAGCAGCAAGAAGGUACAGCCCACGCCCUCAAAUACACCUCCACACAUACAGUUGUCAGAGCGUGUCGACCAACACCCCCGAGGAGGACGACGAGACCAUGAGCAAGGGUUGUGAGAAGGACGCUGUUCCCGAUCCCGCAUCCAGCCCCCACCCUUGCCGUCAAAGCCCGCCUGGCCACCACGCCAGCUUUCUCGGCCACUCUACUUUCCGCCGACAAGGUCAUAUGAGAGAUCAGGAUGCGCACCCACAACGACACGCCGGAAAUCACGCCCGACCGCUGCCGAGCUUUGGCCUUUACCAGCCUCCGCUGGGUCUGCCCGCUGGCUACAGCCAGCCUACACCCUUCCCCAGCGGGGCAGAGGGCUCCUGGCUUCACCCCAGCUAUGCCAGCAGCUGGUCUGGGCCUGGGGCCUACCUCAGCAGCCUUCCCUCCUGCCUGGUGCCUGGAGAUUACCACAGCUACCCACUGCAGAGCCCUUAUUCCUCCAGCAAAUCUAUCUCCCUCCCAGGCAGGUACAGCCCCAGCAUGGGCAGCCUGGAGCAGCCUGGCUCCCUCCACUCUAACCCUCCCUCAGCAGACAUGCACCAACACACCCUUCCUUCAUAUUACUGCUCGCCCCAGGGGGCAGCCUGCUGUGCUCAGUGCCCCGUUGACCUCUUCAAAAUGGGGCCUGUGCCUCACCAGGGUCCCAGGCUUGGAUGCUGGCCUCCUUAUGACCCUUUGUGUUCAGAUACUUGCCGGCCUCCAAUUGGAGGCCACAUGCACAGCUCCCGCGUGCACCCCAAUGUUCCCAAAGCUCAGCUAGGCAGUACAGCACUGUCCCUGGAGCAGAGAAGGGUGUUUGUGACUUACGAGGCAGACAACGAAAAGCACGUAAACGAUGUGAUCAACUUUGUGGGUCUCCUCCGACACAACGGCUUCGAUACGCACAUUGACAUGUUCGAGCAGCAGUUUAGGAGCAUAAGCAAGAUUGACUUCAUGGAGAGGUACCUCAGUGAGAAGGAGUACCUGAUCAUCAUCGUCAUCAGCCCCAAAUACUACGAGACAGUGACUGCCGCCCCGGUUAGUCUGCAACACGACGAGCAGACGCUCGCCACAGUCUACAUCCACAAGCAGCUACAGAAUGAAUUCAUUCACAACGGGAGCAAGAACUUCAGAUUUAUUCCUAUUGUGUUUCCUGGAGCCCAGAAGUGCCAUGUCCCCACCUGGUUACAGAACACCCACGUGUACAGCUGGCCCCGGAACCGUGACGACAUCCUCCGACGCCUGAUGAGAGUGGAGAAGUAUAACCCUCCACCCAUCGGUGAGCUGCCCACCAUCAUCUCCAUACCCAUCUAGCCCCCAGCGCCGCCUAGCCCCCAGGGCCGCCUAGCCCCCAGGGCCGCCUAGCCCCCAGGGCCGCCUAGCCCCCAGGGCCGCCUAGCCCCCAGGGCCGCCUAGCCCCCAGGGCCGCCUAGCCCCCAGCGCCGCCUAGCCCCCAGCCCCACCUAGACCCCAGCCCCGCCUAGACCCUGCCCCCAGCCCCACCUAGACCCCAGCCCCACCUAACCCGGCCCGCUGUGGAGGUGAAGUGGGGUGGUGAGGAUGACUCCUGGACAUUUAAAAAUGGGAGGGUUUGACCUCACGGAGUCUCGCAUCAAAAGCCUUGCUUGAACUUGGACUGUUGUUUCCUGCUAAACUGACCAUUGGCCCCGCUGUGACGAGGCGGGAUCUCUGUGCUGCUGUAUGAAGCAGCAGGACCUGCAGGUGCACCACCUGGACACGGGGCUUGUGCACAGUUUAACUGCUCCUGUCACUGAAGACAAGUGGCUGGCAUGAAGACGCUUUCAUUAUUUUCACAAUGUGAGGCACUGAACAUAUUUACAGUAAGUGCAAACUGUUUUUUUUACUUCAUGCACUAAUAGCAGCUGUAGCCUCAGGUCUGCGAUUGCACAGCAUUUCUGAGUCAUACAUUCAUGUGUUAUUGAGUCAUACAGUAGAAUAAUGUAUAACAUAAUUGAUGGUGAACAUUGUGACACAGAGCUUGUUAAGUUCCUUAGAAGAUUCACUUGAUGUUUUUGCUGAUUGUGCAGGUAGUUGCUUCCUCCUUGCUCUGUCGUCUACAUCAUGUACGUCAGACUGUCUUCCUAUGUAGUUCAUCACACUGUAUUUGCUGAACUAUAUGAUAACGUUAAUCCAAAGAAAACGUGUGUGUAGGGGGGGGGGGGAUUUAUAGAAUUGGAUAUAGUUUUUUUCUUUUUUAAGAUAUCUUUUUUGGCCUUUUUAUUGAUUUGCUGGAUGGCAACAAAGAUACAAGAAAUGUAUGGGAGAGGGGAAGACACAUAGAAAUA